AUGUCUAAAGAUAGGACUACCGCCAAUUUCGACUCACCGUUCGUCGGAAUUCCGCUUCUCUUCAUCGGAAUCUACUCCAACACAGAUGUUAAUGAAGAAGAUUACAGAUGGUCCUUCAUAGUCUACCCCGCGAAGAAAGAAGGUGCUUCGGAGGAACAAGAGUACCUGUUGCUCUGGCGACUUGGCCACGGUAGAGGUAAUCGUUGCCGCUUCGAAGCACAUCAAGGCAGACUCCGAGACCAGGAAAAUAUGCUCGGUUGGCUGGUGAUCGCUGAAGUCAAAAACCUAAAGGAGCUGGACGACACACUGCUUUCUUCUAGUCCUUCCACUAGUGUGCCGGAUAAUCGGAAAUCUAGAAGCCUGUUCUGGGUUCAGGGAAUGUUGGAAAGGUUGGUGGAUGCGGGGUGCUUGAAAGGGAAACCGAAAGCGUUUGAGGAUAUCGAGACAGAGGGCAGAGAGAUUGCGCAGAGACACACGCAGUUGGGUAAGACCAUGUAUGUGCCCCAGGAUAACAGUUUGCUUGACCGGAGGAACAGUCAGGGUGCGGAGACAGGUAAGGAGACGGAGGCUGUGGUGAAGGGCAAGGAGAAGAACGCUAUUCUUCAAAGCCAACAGAUUCACUCUGCCCCUUCGACCGACGACCGCACUAGCCACGUCCGAUCCAACCACCCCGCGACCUCUUCGACCGGGAAAACCGUAACUAACCUCGUGCCGGAAUAUAACACCGACAGCGACAGCGACGCCGAGGACAACAGCAAGGACGUCGUCGAGGUCCACAGACCUUCGUCUUCGGUCGGACCGCCUAGCAUACCAUCUCCUUCUACGGCACCGCCCAGCACACCACCGACCUCCAUGGGACCACCCAGCAAGCCCGCUUCUUCCAUGGCCCCACCCAAGCUUCCGGUGAGUGCGACUCGAGGCAAGAGGAAACAUCCGGCGGGCCGGGAUGCUGGGACCGAGGCUCCGGCCCCCGGGAGGAAAUAUUUCACGAUGGAUGACUUGCCACUCGUGCGGUAUGAUAAGAAGGGUCAUAGGGUUUGGUAG